AUGUCCUCGUAUGCGAAAAGCGAUUGGGCGCAAGCUCGGGUCGGAGACGGCCAUGCACCUUCCUCGUCGCACCGAGCAUCCACACCGGCGCUCACUGGCACGGGCGUGCAACGUUCUCGCUCGCAGCGGACGACCUCCUCUGGGACGAGUGCGAGUCGUCCAGCAAUGGUCCGUCCUGGAUCUUCCCACCAGCACCAGUCUGCACACAGAGCAAGCACCGGGGACGGCGCCUUCAGCACUUUGAAGCCGCACAGAUCUUUAGGAGACGGAGCAGCGCCAGUCGAGUCCGGCACGUUCCCUUCAGUCGUCGUUCCUCAGCUUAGCGGUCGCUUCGAAACAGAGCGAGAGCAUCUCACUAGAGCCCCAGAGAUGCCCUCUCGUCCGGAGACUUCCGACGUUGGUUUGAAGCCCCCGAGCAUUUCAAGCUCCUCAUCCAAGCCAUCUAGAACGGCCAGCAUCUUCAGGCUUGGUCGCGGGCUACGUAAUAAGUCAAAGCCUAGCACAUCCGCAGGAGACUCUUCGGAUGCGCCCAAAGAAGGCUCCGCCUCUCCCUCCGCACGCGCAUCGAGCUCUACCCGCUCUGGCAAUUCUUCGAGAUCGAUCAAUGCAGUCAUCAGCGCAGUGGAAAACACGGGAUCGAGCGAGCCGCGUUUGUCCAUCUCGAGUUCACGACAUAGUGGCAGCUCCCCCAGCGACGGCAGGGCUAGCUCCGAUCUCGAUCACAUGCUGAGGAGUGGUCGAUUUGCGUCUAGCAGCAGCUUGGUCGCGGCGCCAUCAAAGCUCAAGAUGCCUCAGGAUUCGCAAGAGGAUGGAGAAGAUUUCGCGGAGCAGAUCGAGCUCAUCCAUCACCCUAGUCAAGCUCUUGUGGCGGGCAGCCAUGCUGUGCAUGAUCCAAUCGCUGGCGUCCCCUCGAGGCGCCAUUUGGGCUCUGACGUGGAUCAUGAAUCGGCUUCAGCUCAAGAUGACGUUGCGCCAUCAAAGAAAGGAAGCUAUGUUGAUGGCAGCAUUCUGGCCGAAGGCUUGGGUACUGCCAAGAGGCAGCACCGAGCGGUCCCUUCGAUCGACAGCAACCCUGAAUCCAAUUCCCACCGUCGGCGAAGGUCUUUGGCUUCAAUCGGUAUGCCCAAGCAAAGCAGCUCUGUAGCUGGUGAACCAGAUGCUUCCUGGGAGGUAUCGCAGGAACACUCUCGGAACCGUCAGUCCCCCAAGCAAUCAGCUAGCAUCGUUGAUGCGGAGAGAACGAUUACUGGACGCGUGCAUGCUCCACGCAUAGCAGUCGCAUCACCAUCAAAUAAUGACAUUCCAGCUACUUCCCCGCGCAUCCUCGGGUCAUUCUCCAGAAGAACGGGGGUCGCACCUCCGCAAUUGCCACCUCCAGCUAUAGCGCCUCCAGCCUUGCCUUCUGAGCUAGCUCGGACUCCAAGUAAGGCGCGGCAAGUGAGCGCUCCGGCCUCCACGCCUUCUCGAAUGGCAAAUUUGUUCAAGUCCAAGUUGAUGGGUCCGCGCGAUCGGGUGGGCGAUGAGGACGAGGGUCAUGCGGCGGUGGCAAGCCUGCCUGCUAGCUCCGCUCUUGUUGGUCUUGGAACCUUUGUCAUGCCAACACGGGACCACGAGGCUGAGCAGCGGCACGUCGAGGGAAGACGUCCACGGAAAACCCGCUCUCAGGUCAAUCUGCAAGGCUCGAAGGCAUCUCACACCUCUUCGUCUCGCGAGAGAGCCACCGGCGUAGGCGGCAGAGACGAAGGCCAAUCUGGCUCGAGCAAGGGCAAGUCCACAGAUCGCUCCGCGGACUCUGCCAGAUCAAACCAUCGCCAACGCCGGCCACGCACCAGCGGCGCUGCCGACGCAAGCAGUCGCCUUGCUCCUUCCAUCGCCAUCGAUGGGGCACACGAGGCCCUCACUGCUUCGCCCAUGGAUUCCCCCACGCUUUCGUCGAAAGCUUGGGUAGCUGAUGAAAGGUUCAAAGCAGCGAAGGAAGCAUCGCGAGCAAGAUCGGGCUGGGAAAUGACUUCUAGCUCGCGCCUCGAGCUCUUGGAUUCCUCGCCAGAGGAGGAGAGACGUCAAUACUUUCCCCCAAUGUCACCACCAGACAGCAAUGCUCCCGGUCGCCGGCGAUCAUUCGUCCAACGCCAAGCUCCUCCUUGGCGACUUGCUAGAGCCAAUAGCAGCACUGCGGGCGUCGACGAGUAUCCGAGUGGAGCGGUCAAUGUUUCGCGACGCUCUAGUGUGGCUCGCCCUUCGUCUGCCAAGACUGUGGAUGGUGCAGGUCCUUCAAUAGCUGCUCCAAUCAGCUCGUCAGCUGGCACAUCACGUCUGGAUCACAGUGGGGGAGCGUCUGCGCUAUUUGGUGGCAGUAGCGCCUCGGCUACUCCAAGGCAACGAGCAUCCUCGCUCAUCCCUAGCUUACCUUGGACUCGCUCAAGAACUUCAUCUAGUGUUGCACUCGAGGGUCGCCCGUCGCUCGCUUCAGGCGAUGGACGGGGGCACUCCACACAGCAAGUUCUGAACUCAGUGGCAUCAGCAAUCGCCGCCAAGGACAGCGUGCAGCAGGAUGCCAUGCGGCGGACGUCUAUUGCACUGGAGCAUCUCAGGUCUGCAGACUCGGAUCCCGCGUCCACCUCACUUCAGUCUAGCACAACGCAUGUUGACAAGUUUGAAAAGCCAAGCAAAGCCUCUCAGGAUUCCGGCGCUCGAGAAUUUGACUCGCCAGAAACGUUCGUCGAGCAUGUCGUCGCGUCCGUGCCUCGCAAUGACGUGGUUGCCGUUUUGGCUUCAAAAACCGACGAACUGCACAAACACGCUUUGCAACUAUUCAUGCGGCGUUUUCUGUUCGCAGGUCAUCCCUUGGACAUUGCGUUGCGCAAGCUCUUGAUGAGCUUGUGUCUGCCGAAGGAGACUCAGCAAAUCGAUCGCGUCAUGGAAGCCUUUGCUCAAAGGUACAAUGAGUGCAACGAGGACCUCUUCGCAGCGCAAGGUGAGUCUCAAGGCAUCGGAGGUGUGCUUCCUUAUGUGCUCACUCCGGGGCUCCCAUCCAUAAUCCUCUCAUAGAUCAGCCAUACAUUUUGGCGUUCUCGCUGAUGAUGCUACAUACCGACGCCUUCAACAAGAAUGCAAAGAACAAGAUGACCAAAGCUGAUUACGUCCGCAACACCGCGUCCAGUAAGGCUCCUGUGGAGAUCCUUGAGGUAAGUUUGUGCGUGGGCAUGAAGUCGAUAUGUCGAAGAGUUGAUCCAAUCCCGUUGUUUGCCGCAGUAUCUCUACGAUAAUCUGAUCUAUGCACAGUUCAUCUACGUCGAGAAUGCAGACGACAUCAAGCGAAGAGUCUCGGAGCCCGUCUCAGUUGACGGUGGCUCCGGCUUCUUCUCAGCCAUAGGGGCAGGCGGGAACAAUGCUUCCAGUCGCGUCAAAGUGGAUGCGUACGCCAUGAUCGCUCAAGGCCGGACCACCGAGCUGAAUCCAGACAUCCUCAGCUUGGUUCUAGAGGAGUCCCCCUUUUCGUAUACCGGGACUGCCGAUCAGUUCGAUGUGGAAAGCCUCAACGAUGCGUUCAGCAGAGCCCCGUCGAUCGAAAUUUUCACUCAACGUGGCCCAGCCCUCCCAACUGGUUCUUCGUGGGGAGGCGAUAGUCCAUACUCAAGCACGGCAAUGAUGACCACACUAAUGCUGGACCGCGCCCCGGCUCACACCGUCAGCCUUCGGGUGACGAAGGUAGGCUGUGUCAGUCGCAAGGACGACUUGGAAGGCGCCAAAAAGGCACAGUCUCGCAAAUGGAGGACUUGCGGGAUGAUUUUGACCAGCUCGCAGCUCCUCUUCUUCAGAGAUCUCAUCUGGACAUCCGCAUUGGACCAGCAAAUCUCAGCGCAGACCGAGAAUUACACGAUACCCAACGUGGUCAUCGCUCCUCGCAUCAGUUUCUUCCGCCCGGAUGGGGUUCUCUCUCUCAGCAAUGCUUUCGCUGUGCGCGACAUCACUCACAAGAAGUACGAGAAUGUCUUUCGACUCAUUGCGGACCAGGGCGGACAGACUAAACAGUUCUUGUUUCAGACUCCUAGCGAGGCUGAGAUGAAUGAUUGGAUCGCCAAGAUCAACUUCUGCGGUACUUUCCGGUCCGGCGGCAUUCGAAUGCGGGGCCUUGAUCCUGCACCCGAAGAUGACGACGAUGCAGCUUCGGUCGUGAACAGGAGCGCGACGUUUGAUUCUUCGACAAUGUCACGGCGCCCGAGUGCAACGCCUUCUCUGGAUGGGAUGACACUGCCCGGGGCUGCUCUGCCAAACGCUACACCGAGUCCAACUUCUGAGUCGUACCCCGGACAGCUUGGCGCUGCACUUUCUCAAGAGCCGUCACCUCUGUCUAGCCCGUCCAUUUUUGGUGGACAGAGCUCGGCAGCUUCUACGCCGCUUGUAGGAGUCAUGCGCAGAAGAGUCUACGCUCGUCGUCGCGAAUUGAAGCCUUUCAUCAGGGAAGUUACGGAAAAACUCCAAGAAAAGAGGAGCGAGCUGGACGACAAUCUCCGGCUGGCGAGGCAUUUUGCCGUCCUCACGCCUUUCCAGAAGACUACGCGAGAUCGCAUCGAAGCGGCAGCCGUGCCUCUGAGUCAGAAGAUUCGUGAGCUGCGUCUUGAAGUUGCCCGACACGCUUCCCGCCGGGACAUCUUGCUUUUGGAGCUUGUUGCAGGCGACCGAGCAGCGCGAGCAGCCGGACCGCCUUCUUCAUUCGUGCUCGAGCCCGAGGAGCAUAGUCGCUCUCCCCGGCUUCGCCAGAGCUUUUCUUCUGUAAAAGCAACGGAAAGGGGGAUCGUUGCGCCUAGUCUCGAGUUGCCUUCGAUGAGCCGUUCUAGCUCGAAUCGAAUGGCCAAGCGAGUCAGCGCUGGAGGUCAAGGUCUGAAGAUAUACACAUCCCGCGCGAAGGACAAUGAAGAAGCGGACCCAUCACCCCUCGGGGAUAGAUCUCCCCGCACACCAGAAUGGCGCCAUUCGAGCACUGGGUUUGUGGCAGUCACUCCGGCUUCCAACGCCAAUUUCCACUCGCCCUCUUCGGUGCUGGCUACUCCUGAAUCAGCGACCAGUAAUCGUAGCGCCGACUCCUACUCCUUCCACAUGCGCUAGAUAAAAGAGAAGUCUCGAGGUGCUCAGGCUCUGAGUCGUAGAAGCCCUUGA